UGACAGAGGUGUUGUAAUUUCUCCUCAACGCGGAUCAACGACCGUCUUUGGAAAACCACCGAGGAGCACGAGACUGAACAGCAUUUUAUUAAAAAAUAAUACAAACCAGGCCAAGAGUAUCUCAUAUGGACGCGGUGAUCCGCCGGUGCCCUUUCCUCACUGUUGUGCCCAGUGUCGUCCUGCAGCUGGCGGGAACAUCAUCACUGGUGAGCUAUGCUCAGAAGUGUCCUGUGAUGAUGGACCUGGCCUCCAGACCUCUGGCCAGAGCUCUGUCCUCUUCAGCUUCUGCAUCCAAAGGCACUCCGACAAAUGACGGUCAAAAGCAUGAAGUCAAGUUGCCCCCAGGUCACAUCGCACCUCCUUCUGGCCAGGCUGUAGGCUCUAAAUGUCCUUUCCUGGCUGCAGAAAUGGUGCAGACAAACAACAGGGUAGUAAGAGAGGCCAGCAUUGAGCUGCAAGAGGACGUCCAGGAAAGACACUCUGUACACACAGGGAAAAAAGUUGCAGAUCUUAUCGAGGCAGACAAAGCAAACAGAGGGGCAUCAAAAAAUCCUUUGAAACCCACAACUUCCAAAGUGUCUCACCUGCUGAAGGACAAUCUGCCUGAGGCUGUCACCUUCCAGUAUGACAAGUAUUUUGAGAAGAAGAUUGAAAGCAAGAAGGUAGAUCACACAUACAGGGUUUUUAAGACAGUGAACCGACGUGCCAACACGUUCCCCAUGGCAGACGACUACUCACAGUGUCUUCAUGCAAAGAGAGACGUGUCUGUGUGGUGCAGCAACGACUACCUCGGCAUGAGCCGCCACCCCAAAGUCAUCCAGGCCAUUAUGGAGACUUUACGAAAGCACGGUGCUGGUGCAGGAGGCACACGAAACAUUUCAGGGACGAGCAAAUUCCAUGUGGAGCUCGAACACGAGCUAGCUGAUCUGCACAACAAAGAUGCUGCUCUUCUGUUCACUUCCUGCUUUGUAGCUAAUGACUCCACACUGUUUACUCUGGCAAAAAUGCUACCAGGUUGUGAAGUAUACUCUGACGCUGGCAACCACGCCUCAAUGAUCCAGGGUAUAAGAAACAGUGGGGUCAAGAAGUUCAUCUUUCGUCACAAUGACGUCAGCCACCUGAGAGAGCUGCUUGAGAAGUCUGAUCCCUCCACUCCAAAGAUUGUUGCUUUUGAGACGGUGCAUUCAAUGGAUGGCGCUGUGUGCCCACUAGAGGAGAUGUGUGAUAUUGCCCACAAGUUUGGUGCCAUUACCUUUGUGGAUGAAGUUCAUGCUGUGGGCUUGUAUGGGCCCAGAGGAGGAGGGAUCGGGGACAGAGACAGAAUCAUGCACAAGAUGGACAUCAUCUCUGGUACACUUGGCAAGGCAUUUGGCUGCGUGGGUGGCUACAUCGCCAGCACCAGGGCCCUGGUGGACACAGUGCGCUCAUACGCCGCAGGCUUCAUCUUCACCACCUCCCUGCCCCCUAUGCUGCUGGCAGGGGCGAAGGAGUCCAUCAAGGUCCUGAAAAGUGAGGAAGGCCGGGUUCUCAGGCGGAAACAUCAGAGGAGUGUUAAGCUGCUCCGACAGAUGCUGAUGGACUCAGGCCUUCCGGUGGUCCACUGCCCGAGCCACAUCAUUCCUGUCCGGGUGGCAGAUGCAGUGAAAAACACUGAGAUCUGCGACAUCAUGAUGUCUCGUUACAGCAUCUAUGUACAAGCAAUAAACUACCCCACUGUGGCUAAAGGGGAAGAGCUGCUGCGCAUCGCACCCACACCACACCACACUCCCCAGAUGAUGUUCUACUUUGUUGACCGUCUGGUGAAGACUUGGAAGGAGGUGGGCAUGGAGCUGAGGCUGCACUCCUCGGCUGAGUGUGACUUCUGCCAGCAGCCUCUUCACUUCGAGCUGAUGAGUGAGAGGGAGAAGGCCUACUUCACAGGCCUCAGUCACAUGAUAUCAGCGGUCGCCUGAUAUCACAUGAAACACUAAACUCCAACACCUCUUAGUAGGAUUCAAGCUAUUUAUUCUAUUUAAAUUAAACAUAUCACUGCAUAUAAAAUGUUCCGUGUCACCAAUAAAUGUGUGGGUAAAGACUUCA